UCCUCUGGCAUCCGCCCCGGCGGGCCGCCCCCGCCCGCGGCAGCCCCCCGAGCAGCGGCCCGGCACCGACGCCUUCCCGGCGGGCGAGAGUGAGUCAUGGAGCUGCGUGUGGGGAACAAGUACCGCCUGGGACGGAAGAUCGGGAGUGGGUCCUUCGGAGACAUCUACCUGGGUGCCAACAUCGCCUCUGGUGAAGAAGUUGCCAUCAAGCUAGAGUGUGUGAAAACGAAGCACCCGCAACUGCACAUUGAGAGCAAGUUCUACAAGAUGAUGCAGGGAGGAGUGGGAAUCCCGUCCAUCAAGUGGUGUGGAGCGGAAGGGGACUACAAUGUGAUGGUCAUGGAGCUGCUGGGGCCUAGCCUGGAGGACCUCUUCAACUUCUGCUCCCGCAAGUUCAGCCUCAAGACGGUGCUGCUGCUGGCCGACCAGAUGAUCAGCCGCAUCGAGUACAUCCACUCCAAGAACUUCAUACACCGGGACGUCAAGCCCGACAACUUCCUCAUGGGGCUGGGGAAGAAGGGCAACCUGGUGUACAUCAUCGACUUCGGCCUGGCCAAGAAGUACCGGGACGCCCGCACCCACCAGCACAUCCCCUACCGGGAAAACAAGAACCUGACUGGCACUGCCCGCUAUGCCUCCAUCAACACCCAUCUGGGCAUCGAGCAAAGCCGUCGAGAUGACCUGGAGAGCCUGGGCUACGUGCUCAUGUACUUCAACCUGGGCUCCCUGCCCUGGCAGGGCCUCAAAGCGGCCACCAAGCGCCAGAAGUACGAGCGCAUCAGUGAGAAGAAGAUGUCGACGCCCAUCGAGGUCCUCUGCAAAGGCUACCCCUCCGAGUUCUCAACAUACCUCAACUUCUGCCGCUCGCUGCGGUUCGACGACAAGCCCGACUACUCCUACCUGCGCCAGCUCUUCCGCAACCUCUUCCACAGGCAGGGCUUCUCCUACGACUACGUCUUCGACUGGAACAUGCUCAAAUUCGGGGCUUCCUCGAGCCAGGCUCAGCCCCGUGACAGCGAAGCUAUUGCACUGCCCUGCCCCCGCCCCUGUCCCUGUGCCGGGCCCGCGUACCCGCCCUUUUACUGGUGCCCGGCGCCCCUGGGCACCCAGGGCCCUCCCGAUAGGCCCGUGGAGGAGGUGGAGGAGCUGCCCCCCCAAAACUACUGGCCCGUGGUCUGGACUCCAGGGCCCCAGUUCUGACGUCACCAGGUGUGUCUGAGCCCAUCGGGGCCAGGCCUGAGGAGGUGUCCCUUGGCGUGGUGGGGUGCGGUGGAGAGAGGGGGUGGUGGAGAAGGCCAGAUUCUUGGGGAUGGAUCAGCCGCCCGACGAACAGAUCCUGAAGGAGGGAUGAUGUUCACUGCCCUGGAAGGCCUGGUGGGAGCACCUGGAGUGGCUUCAGCAAGACCCCGACGGUGGCCUCUGUAUCGAACCUGAACUCAUUAAACGCCCCCACACCCGUUCUGCGAGUCAUCCUGGUGUGCCUCUCCUUUCAUGGUGGCUCCCCGCGGCCCGCUCUGCCAGAGGCUCCGGACCCGAGGGCUCACUGUCCUGGACGCUGGGGUCGACCCCCGGUCUCUCGCCCCUCUUCUCGCUGGGUCUCAGGCAGUGGCCCGGUGCUGUCCCCUAAGGAGUUCAACAGAGAGAAUCGGUCUCACAGGCCAAGGGACCCGAGGGAUGGAGGGUGGGGAGUGGGGCACCUUAACACCCCAGCCCUUCCUGCCAGGAAUGUGGCCAGUAGGCAGCUCUCUUCGCCGGAGGGCGUGGCUCAAGGCAUCUGGAUGCCAGGCCUUCAGUCGUCUGUGUAGAAAGUCAUUCCUGGGUCCGGUUCAGGGAUGGGCUUGGCCCUCGCUCUCCGCGUAGCUCCAAGAAUCGGGUCUUAUGUUGUGGAGGCCUGUGCCGUGCAGUGUGGGAGCCACUGGCCAUGUGUGGCUAAUUUCUCAUUAAUUAAAAUUAAAGCUGAAAACUUAGUCCCUCGGGUGCGUUUGCUACAUUUCAAGCCCUCAGGAGCCACAAGUGGCUGGUCAGUGGCUGCCAUACCCAACGAGGCAAACGUGGACAUUUCCGUCAUUCAGAAAGUUCUGCUCUAGAUGGCUCCUCACAGAACCUCUCCUGGGACCACCCGGCUGACCCCUCACAUCAAGCCAGGCCAGGAGCACCUUCCCCACCCACUGCUGCUACUCUGACCCCUUCCUGGGGUCCCCUUUGAGGCAAGCUCCCAGGUCAGAAGCUGAGCAGAGGUGCCAACAGCCUCAUUCUGCACCAAUCUCUGACUCGGCCCGGGCUGGACCAGCGGGAGCCUUUGACUCCUCCCCUGUGGUGAGCUUGACCGUCUCCACCUGCCCUCUGGCAGAAGCAUCUGAGGACCCGUGACGGGGACCUUCCAUGCCUGCACGCCAAGGCCAGGGUCCCUCCCUCCCCACGCUGUCACCAGCACCUACCUGCAGACCAGACACCAUGCUAGGCACAGAGGGCUACGGCAAGGACCCCCCCACUCUACUGAGAGCUUCUCUCCCCGAAGUGGCCACCCUGCUCAGCGUCAGGGCGCUGGAGUCCCCGAGCCUGGGACACUGCCCUCAGCACACGCAGCCACUGUGUCCCAAGGCCCAAGCAGCAGGCCGGAGGAUCGUCUGCACUGCCAAGGACAGGGUCCACACAACAGGGCUGGUUGCUGGUGUGAUUUGAUGUUGAUCGUUUGUGUUUUCUGUGGGCAAAUAAAAGCCAAGAACCCUC